AUGGCUUCAUCAAAUAGGCACUGGCCUAGUAUGUUCAAAUCAAAACCCACCUACACUACCAAUCAUCAAGAUCACCACCAAUGGCAGACUACUCCUCAUCAUCAUGCUCCUCCUGCCACCCUCAAAUCAUACACUUCUGGAAAUGACGAAAGGACCCCUGAACCAAAGCCAAGAUGGAACCCUAAACCGGAGCAAAUCCGGAUCCUGGAGUCCAUUUUCAACUCAGGGUUGGUGAAUCCUCCAAGAGAUGAAAUCCGAAGAAUCCGAGCACGGUUACAAGAGUACGGUCAAGUCGGCGACGCCAACGUCUUCUACUGGUUCCAAAACAGGAAGUCAAGGAGCAAACACAAGAACCGUCACCUUGCUAAGUCGCAAACCAACCAAACUCAGUCGGUUGCUACCAAGGCGGUGGCAGCAACCACCUCGUCUUCUUCGUCAUCUGACAAGUCAUCGUCUAAGUCAAUUGAGUUCUUUCUGAACUCCCCUACUGUUUCGGUUAACCAACCCCAAACCUUUUUUGCUGGUGGGGCUCACAGUCAGCCCCACCAGCAACAGCAUCACGGGGAGUUCUUUCAAGAACCUUACUUUUUCCCCGUGGGCCAGACACAACAACAGGCCCCUUCUCCUACAAGUUUCACACAAGGGUUUUGUUUUUCGGAGCUAGGAAGUAUGAUUAGUAGUCGAGAAAAUCAUCACCAUCAAACGGUCGUUAGUAGCUCCGAGAUGUUACUUACUGAUUUGAUGAUAAAUCAUCAAUAUGGAAACCCUUCUAAAAACAACUCUAAAAACAAAGAAAUUGAAGAAGAAAGUAUCAUGAAAAUGUUCACUACUCCCUCCACUUCUUUCACACCACCACCACAACCACUAACAAUUCCUAGUAUAACUAUUGCUCCAUCAACAACUAUCAAUGAUAUUCAAGGUGUUGAAGAACUUGAAACCGGAAAAACCAUUGUGUUUAUCAACGAUAUGCCGUUUGAGGUGGCGGUUGGACCGUUUAACGUGAAAGAGGCGUUUGGUGGUGAUGCGGUGCUAAUCGAUUCAUCCGGGCAGACGGUGGUGACAAAUGAGUGGGGGGUCACAGUCCAGUCCCUUCAGCAUGGUGCAUUUUACUACCUGGUGCGACCUGCUUUCACAUAUGAUCAUAAUGCUGCUACUACUACUGUAGAUUUGAUUUAG